GUUCAAAAUUUCAAUUGCAAGGGUGCGGUAAUGCGGAAUCUGCGACUGGAAAAGUGACAACGAAGUAAUAAGCAGGGGCUAUCGGAAGAAAACAAUUGUCAAACUUCUUCAUCAUUCAUUUUCCAUCCUUCUUUGGUCUACAGCCAUGGUUAACCAUCCUUGAACAACAGUUCAUUAACAAUUUAUCCGGUGGGUACGAAAUUACGGAAGGUCUAGACUUCAGGUGAGCUGGAGGAAAACAGACCAUAAGCGAGCCGACAUCAACACCGCACAUACCCAUCGAAACUCGAGACAAAAGACCAUGCUAUGUUCCCACUGAGCCCUCCAAGAAAAGGCCUCGCGACUUUGUACAGAUCGAUCCAAGGCCUACUCAACAUACUUUCCCCUUCCCCAUCUAAGCAUGUUCCCUACUUCCUCUCUCCCUUCGCCUCCAUUGUUCUCCAGGCCGGGCCACGGCAAUGAUAUUAGCGACUGGCAACAAACAACACGCCCAGGCUCAUGCCGCCCAUCCUUUACGCCUCUUCUGGAACACAGUGCGCCUCCUUUCGCGUUGACAUCUGACGCUCUUUUGGGUCGAGCAAAUUAUUACUUAUGCCAGGUAAGGGUCAGCGUCUCAUGUCCGCGCUGAACCAUUGUUGCCCAUAAUCCUCGUACUGUUUACUCAUUUAGCAAUGAACAACCCAUUGCACCCCGCCAACCCGCCAUCCAAGCAUGACAGUCUGCUGCGAAACGUUAUCGCAUUGUAUAACUGUUGUCUUCCAUAGAAAUUUUCGCUCUUUUUAGUUUGCAACGCUUAUUUAUGACUCACUGACCACCUCGGUUACCGGAAGAACUCGCCAACGAUCAUCGACAGGAUCGAAUGCCAUAAGAACGAGGUAUUAGACAAUAAACCUACAUUCUUUGCACCCGCAAUAUAAUUAUGCCCCCUCUUCUUCCCUCUCUCCUCCUUCCCCUUCUCUUAAUCCCAUCCCCCUUUGCCCGACAGAUCACCGUCAAGAACUCAUGCUCGUCCACUAUUUGGCCAGGUAUGCACACCGGCGGAAGUUUCAUACCCGACCAAGCGACAGGUUGGGAACUUGCGGCUGGCGGCCAGACUGAAUUCACCGUGCCAGAAGAUUGGACAGCAGGACGGAUCUGGGCUAGGACUGGGUGUGUCGUUCAGGAUGGUGUUUUCCAAUGUUUGACUGGCCAGUGUGGUUCAGGGGAAAAUGGGGACAUCACUUGUGAAAAUUCAGAUCAGCCACCGGCAACUUUGGCCGAAUUCACUCUUAUUCCCGGGAAGGAAGACAACUAUGACAUCUCUCUCGUUGAUGGCUUCAAUAUUCCGCUCAACAUCAUCCCAUCCAUUUCCACCUGCCCCCAACCGCAAUGCCAAGUAAAUAUCAACGUCCUCUGUCCGCCUUUGUUGAGGACAUCACUUGAUCAGAAGGGGGUAAAUCUAGGUUGUAUUGCCCCUUGUAAUAGGGGGUUCGGUCAGGAGCUCUAUGGCAAUAGAGCAUGCUGCACUGGGGCGUACGCCGAUUCCGCCCUCUGUCUAGCCUGUGGUGUUGAUUACUAUGCGCUUUUUAAAGAUAACUGCAAUACUUCCUACGCGUAUGCCUACGACGAGAAAUCCCACACAGCCCUGUGGACAUGCGGUGGUUCUCCAGACUAUAUUGUUGAGUUUUGUCCUGCGGGUUCCGACUAUAUUGGCGCAAAAGAAGCGUCAACCAAAUAUGUAAAUGCCACCGCGACGUGUUCGAGUAUGGCCACUACAUUUAGCACGGCAUUUAGUGUCGGUCCAAGCCCGACAAGUAUCGCAACGAUAGGGGAGCUGGAUGUUGUUGCAACAGUUGCAACCGGGGUGGACGGGGCUGCUGCUAUCCAAAUUGACGAGACAAGUGCGGCGAGUAGCGGCGCAACGACAAUUGCUACUACUGUCACCGCUACUCAGACGGCUGCAGGCAUUGUAGCACAGGCUAUGUCGAGCUCGGUCGCGACAGCGAUUACUGCGCCGGUCCAGACUUCUGUUGUUAUCGCCGCUCAGUCUUCCGUUGUGAACGCAGCCCAUUACCUAGAGCCAGAGAUGGACUUGGUCGCUGAAACAACGUUGACCACGCCUACCAUAGUCCCAUCGUCCGAUGGUUCUGAGUUCAUAGCUGUUCAGGCUACAUCUGCGGCAGAGGGGCAAGGUUACACCAGCGUAGAAAUCUUCACAGUGUAUGGCGGUUCCACAUUAUACGAGGUCAUCCAUGGUGUAGAUGGAAGCGGUUCAGAGGCGACAAACACUGCAGGUUCAGUGAUUGCUACGCAGGCGUCACAGACGGAUUCGGCUUGGGUAGCGGCGGAAAGGACAGGUACCGAGCCUGGAGACGACAUGCCUUGGAGUGGACAUCGAUGGGGAGAAGGAAAUUGGCUGAGCGCUGUACCGACCGGAGCGAGUGAUAAUUCCCAUAAGAAAAGAGUGAUUUAAAUCGCAAAAUGAGAACUGCUGCUGCUGUUGGAAACUGAGCUGAUUUGUUGUUAUUUUAGGCAAUCAGAAGGGCAUAAGAGUUAGACAUCGAAUGUAGCCCUGUAUACUGUCGCUACGCUGUGAUGUUGCUUAGAUAGGGAUACUAAGAACAAUAACAACGUCCUCGGCAUCGAUUUCCACUUCCGUGCAUGCCAUACCGUCUUGUAUAUUUCCGGCGGUUGUAUUAUUACACCCUUUCUGUAAGAAUUUGUUAUUUUUUAUUUGUUCAGGCGGCGGUCUUCACCGUCCUCGAAUGGGUGUGCCCGGCGGCCAUUCAUCAGUCGCCAGCAGGAAAGAAAGCUUAAUCUAGGUGCUCAUAGCGCAAAUCUCCACCAAAAGAGUUUCAUUUGAAGAGAUGUAUUUUGACUUCAUG